AUGGCCCGCUUUGAACUUAAUUGUACUUCAUCUUCUGACGCAGUCGUUUCUACUGUCGGAGCCUUACCACUUUCCCCACCUCCAUCAUCUUCCUAUCCCAGCCAUCUCUCAUCAGCUUAUUCAAAACCUCAUAAGCCGCUGUUUUCUUAUCCCCAACACACUACCAGCACAAUCCAUUCUUUAAAUAAAGCCACUUGUUCCUGGAAUUUCAAUGCUUUAUCAGAUGAUCCUGCCUCGAAUAAAUAUUUGGGAUCCGAGAUGACUGAUGGGGACAAAGAGUUUUGCAUGCUUGGGAACAAACAUUGGAUACAGGCGAUGCCAGACCACUCAUAUGACAGUGUUGCUGACAGGCGAGAGACAAUUUUUAUCGAUGAUGGAAAGUUUAGUACCGGAGUUAUUGGUGUCGCUGAACAUCUCUGUGAAACUGGAUUAAAAGGCUGUGUUGGGGAAAGUAAAGGGGCUUCCUCCAGCUCCUCGGCAUUAAACGAUAUUCUGACUUCACAAUUGCUAAGCAUGACUACCAGCCAGGAUGGCCUUAGCUCAUCGCCUUUGCUGGCUAGUAUUCCAGUAUCAACUAGCACUCUACCCAAACAGCUCGAUCUGAAAGCUAUAUGUCCUGAUAUCGGAUCUAACAUUAUAAUUAAUUCACAUCUCAGUAUUGUCGACGACCAUGCUAUACAGGCGUUGGUUUCUCAUUGCAACACCAGCGCAAUCACCCACUCUUCUCAAGUAUCAGAAUUCUAUCCAACCUGCGAGCCGAUAUCAAGCCAUAGCUGUGGGUACCAAAGCUAUAGUGAACCUAUACCCGAAGAUAGAGCCAAGCAUAACACUGCUUUGGUUAUGAAAGAAGAAAAAACUAAGAUCUACCAGAUACCUCAGCUGAGUCGGUUAGGCUCUGUUUCAAUUUUUUCGCAAGGUUCGAUUUCAUCUUCUUCUAAACCCGACAGUCCGAUUGGCUUCUCUGAAAGAGUCUGCAUAGAGGAUUGCACAACGACAUCUUUGUCGCCGGCUAUUUUUAACAAAAAUGUGCCAACUCAGGAUGAGUACAAUGAUGGUCCAUCACCCUACUAUAAUCUGACUAGUGCUGAGGUGAUUUUGCUUUUAAUAUACCUUAUUGAAAUGUUGCUUCUUUCGUAA